AUGACCGCGGAUUUCAAGUUCGACAACGCGAAGACGCAGCUCUUCUGCGCCCAGCGGGAUAUCCUCCCGACAUUUCUUAUCAACACAGACGAAGGCAAGCGCGGUGCCGCCGCCGAUCAGUCUGUUCACGACGCGAUCGUGCGCGCACACAGGCUCGCCGCCGAGUCCUGGGGCGGGUCCCCGCCCACCAGCCCCAAGCGCUCUUCACGCGUCUCUCGGACCCCCACCUCUGCGCGAUCGAGCGCCACUCCUUCCAGCUCCAACAACCCCUUGUCCUAUACCUGUGAUACCUCUCGCAAGUCCCGACGCUACAGUGCGCCUGCGAUCGUUGAUCACCACGCGCUCGAGUUCGAGGUGAACGAGGUGCACGAGAAGAUUCAGCGGUGGGCGAUCAGGACGCAGCUUCAGGCGGAGCCCGCGUUCCCCCUCUCAUUGCCUACGGACGACGACAUGGAGUCCCUACCGCCGUCUCUACCGGCAUCCCCACCCUCGUCGCCGAGGCGACCGAAGUGGAGGCGAAUGAUGAGCCUCAGCAGCCUCCCUGCGCGGGCCUGCCGCUCCUCGAUCUCUAGUGUGGCGCAGACCAUGUCACCUACCUCACCGACUUGGCCAUCCUCACCGACAUCUCCUACCAAGGAGACGAUCUACCCCAAGGGUAAAUACUCGCCUACGCGCCGUCAUACCGCGCCGCCCGCAUUGAACUAUCCGUCCAUCGACUCCAUCGUGUCACCCACCUCCCCUACCUUCACCAGCUCCGAUCUCCCUACCUGCCCCACGCCCGGCUCUCCCAAAUCCGCGCGCACCCUCACGAUGUCCCUCCGCAGCCUGGUACGCGGGCGACGUCGGUCGGACUCGACGGGGUCGCGCCUUUCGGACGCCUCGGACGCGUCCAGGGGUUCCUGCGUAUCUGCGGAGUCGGGAUACAGUCAGUUCUCUGACCUUACCGCAUUCUCUAGGGCAAGCGGCUCGACGGCGGCAACGUCUCUCACGUCUCCUACCACGUGCUCUGGCCUCUACGGAUCGACGAUAUUCGAGGAACCCCUGGCAAUCUCUGAAGGCUUCAAGCCGUCCAUGCUUGCGGGCAAGCUUGAGGCGUUGGCCGAGGAGGCGUCCAGCACGCACAGCAAAAGCGACUGCGAGCCGGAUCGCGAGAAAAUGGGUCUCCCUCCGCGGGCGUCGCAAAAUCUGAUGGACGAUAACUCAUCCAUCCGCGCCGUCUUUCGCGAGGAGCAAUCGAUGCCUUCCGGUCCACCUCCUUCUCGACGUACUUCCAAGCUCAUCGCCGUGAACCCGUCGCAAGAGGAAUUGGCCAAGGCUUUCCACGAAGUCCAUCGUCCUACUCCCCACCCUCGCGUUCAGCCAAUCGCUGUACCCACGACUCACUCGGUCACCCUUGCGACACCAAUAUGCGUUACACCCUCUCCUACACCCGCACCUCGACCGCCUGCUCCAACGCCUCAGGUGGUUCAAGAACCCAACCACGUUGUUGCGAUCCGCGCGUAUGCUUUGAUACAUCGCUCGCUGGCCGUCUUCGGCUGGUUCGCACCCGUCGUUUGGAUGGCCAUGCUUGCGAUAUACACUGUCAUCCUCACGACUACCGCCCUCGCAGGUCUGCAUGCGCUCACGUUCGAAGGUACUUCCGCUCUGGCGAAGUACCUGACGCGAAGCCGCGUCUACCUCCCUUCCUUUACCGAGAAAUCGGUUAGGUCUGGGAUCAAUGCAUCGAAGCAGAUCGAGGGCGCGUAG